AUGAUGGCACUGGUGGAAGAAAAGAUUAGAUCAGCCUUAUCUCCUUCUAUUCUCAGAUUAGUCGAUAAAUCCGGAGGAUGUGGAGCCUCCUUUGAAGCGGUAAUAGUUUCAACCAUGUUUGAGGGGAAAAGCCUGAUAGAUAGGCACAGGUUAGUCAACGCUGCAAUAGCGGAAGAAAUGUCGACGAUUCACGCUUUUAGCAUGAAGUGUCACACACCAAAGGAAUGGGAAGAGAAAAAUAAAUCGCAAUAA